AUGACACACCUAUCCCUGUUCGGCGAUAUGACAGGCGAGAGAUUCGGUAUGCUAGAAGAUGAUGGUGCAAGCGGAGAUGAAGGACUGAGUGUGGGUUCUAGAUCCUUUCCCCGAUUCCUCAUCCGAUUCAUGUUACGAUACCGCGUGUACCAAUUUGCGGCUCUAUCUUUCCCUGAAAGCAGGCAGAUGUGUAUUUGUGAUGUGAUUCGACAGCAGUACGACGAACGAAGUUAA